CCCGUAGUCUAAUCGCAGUCAAGAGCACAUCACUCUCUUAUCUCCCUCUCUCCGGCCCCCACACUCCCCCAAAAUCAAAGCGCAGUGGCCCCCACCCUCCUCGCCAAAAAAUCCAUCUCAGCCCCCACAAAAGACUCCACCAUCUCUCUCUCUCUCUCUCUUUCCACCAUCGCUGCUCUCCUGCUCCCUUCCUUUCAUUCAACUAUGGAAAACUACGGCUUCAACUCUUAUCCUGAUUCCGGCGAAUCUUCCCCGCGCUCCAGGGAGAUAGAGUUCGAGAACCCUCCGCCGUGGGACGAUCAGCAGCAGCCUCCCAACUACAAGGCCAAGUUCAUGUGCAGCUACGGCGGCAAGAUCCACCCUCGCCCCCACGACAACCAGCUCUCCUAUCUCGGCGGAGAGACCAAGAUCCUCUCCGUCGACCGCUACGUCAAGUUCGACGCCAUGAUCUCCAGGCUCUCCGCUCUCUGCGCCGACGCCGAAGUCGCCUUCAAGUACCAGCUCCCCGGCGAGGAUCUCGACGCCUUGAUCUCCGUCACCAACGACGACGACCUCGAUCACAUGAUGCACGAGUACGACCGCCUCUACCGCGCCUCCGCCAAGCCCGCCAGGAUGAGGUUGUUUGUGUUUCAGGCGGCGCCGACGCCGAAUCAGUCUUCUUCCAGCUUCGGCUCCGAGGGGGCUAGGUCCGAUCGCGACCGCUUCGUGGACGCUCUCAAUUCGGGUCCGACCGAGCCGCCCAAAGCUCCGGUGCCGAACGACGUUGAUUUUCUCUUCGGCUUGGACAAAGGCGUCCCGCCGCCACAACCACCGGCGCAUCUCCGAGAGCCUGUGCCCGAACCCGCUCCGCCACCGCCUACAGAGUUUCCCUCCCGGGCGGGUCACGGGGAUCGGGUCUACGGGGACCGGGUCUACGGGUCCGACGUGGCCGUCAACCCGGUUGAGAUCCAGAGGCAAUUGCAGGAAUUGCAGAGACUUCACAUUGGGGAUCACGAACAGGCGGUGAUGUACACGAGAAAGAGCGAUGAGAAUCUCGUUGGAGGAUACGCCGGCGAUUACUACUUCCCCAAGGCGCCGGAAAAGGCUCCUUCUCCGGCGAACCUACCUCCCGCCACCGGGUACUGGACAGAAAAGCAAUUCUCAGGAGGGGGUUUUCCGGGGAGUGCACCUGGAGCACCAGACCAACCCAUGUACGUAUUCUCAGGCCCGGGACCAGUCUACCAUUCACCACCGAUGGUCCGACCGAUGGCCGCCCCAACCAAUCAAGGAUACUACGCCAUGUCGCGCGUCCCGCCAGAUGUUUACCGGGACCAACCGGUUUACAAUGUGGUCCCGCAACCGCAGUCCCAACCACCACCGUUGUCCGCGGCUCCUCCGCAGGUUCAUCCGCCGCCGCCGCAGCAGCAGCAGCAGCAGCAGCAGCUGCCGAAGAUGACGGCCUACACGGAAGGGUUCAGUAUGGUGCGCCCGAGUGGCGGCGUUGGCGGUGGAGCUGUUGUGACGGACACAGGUGGCUACGCGCCAAUGGGCGCGACUGGGGGAUACGACGGGCGACAGGUGUACUACACAGCCGCUACGGCGCCGUAUCACGGCGUUGGCGUGGCCGUUAGUGCUGAUAUGAGGCAAGCUGGCGCGUUGGGCCAGGAGGGUAAGGUGGUUAACAAGGUUUCACAACCCUCUGUGUGAUUAUAAUAAUAAUUUAGUUGCGUAGAUAAUACUCCAAAUAUAAUAACCUUAUUAUAAGUUGAGUAUUUAUGUUAAUUUUCUGCUUUAUUUGUUUUAAUAUUAUUAUUAUUAUUAUUAUUA